AUGUCGUCGGCCCCCGUGGACGUCGGCGGCGGAUCCGACGGGUCCGGCUGGUCCACAAACACAGCCAGGUCGAUCGCCCACUCGACAAACCCGCCAAAGUUCAACGCCUGGAAACGCUCUACACGGGACGCCUUGGUUUUUAAGCGACCCAGGUGUCGCUACCGUACGUCAUCAUGUCCGAAUCACUCGCGGCGUCGUACCACGACGAGUAGCCGGCUGCUUUUCAUGGGCAACAAGAAGUUUCCGGAUGAGCAUGAAUACAAACGAUAUAUAUCAAACCAUUCCGGGUCCGCCAACGCCUAUACGAUGGCAAAUUCCACGAACUUUCACUUCGAGGUCUCCGCCAAACCCGACAACGGAGAGGCGCCUUCGGUGACGAACCCCUCGCCGUUACUGGGGGCCCUGGACCGCUUCGCUCAAUUCUUCAUCGGGCCUCUAUUUCUUAAAGACACACUGGACCGUGAGCUGCUGGCCGUAAAUUCGGAGCACCAGAACAAUCUGCAGAGUGACAGACGGCGUUUAGCGCAGCUGGAAAAGUGCCUGUCAAACCCCAAAGAUCCGUUUUGCCAUUUCUCUAGCGGCAAUCUCGAGACCUUGAAGAUUGCGCCCGAGGCUCAGGGCAUCAAUGUGCGCGACAAGUUCAUCGACUUCUAUGAGAAGCACUACUCGGCGAACCGGAUGAAACUCUGUGUUCUUGGACAGGAACCGCUCGAUAUUCUCCAGACUUGGGUCAUCGAGCACUUCUCGGCCGUCAAAAACAAGAAUCUCGCCGCCAACAGAUGCGAGGAAGCACUUUUUACCGAGGAGCAGCUUGGAAUCCAGAUCUUCGCGAAGCCCGUAAUGGAUAUCCGAACUCUCACCCUCACUUUCCUUUUCAUUGAACAAGAAUAUCUCUACGAGUCCCAGCCAGGCCAAUACAUCAGCCAUCUUAUCCAUCACGAGGGCCCUAGAAGCAUCAUCUCGCACCUCAAGUCGAAAGGCUGGGCGAACGAGCUCAGCGCCACGGCCAGGCCAAUUAGCCCCGGCAGCCCAAAUAUUUUUGCGUGUGAUAUUUCACUGACAGAAGAGUUCGGCCCAACACUGAUCAAGGAAGGCCUCGACUGCCUGCGACCCGACAACUUCUGUGUGACGAACCUACUUCAGGACCCUGUCCUGUUAGGGUUCAGCUUCGGUUGA